GGUCGUGCCGUGUCGUGCGUGCGUGUUUGUAAGGGACUCUUCGUCGGCACCGCAGACUUCUCGAAGCUCUCGGUGUAAUCCGCCCGCCGUUAAGCGUAAGCUUGUCAUCCGAGGGUUUUUAACAAAAAUCAGGCGUUUUCGUGAUACUUUUAAUUGGACUAAUAUAGAAACACAUUCAUAAUGGGAAAAGAGAAGGUGCAUAUUAACAUUGUUGUGAUUGGACAUGUAGAUUCUGGAAAAUCUACCACCACUGGUCAUUUGAUCUACAAAUGUGGUGGUAUAGACAAACGUACUAUUGAGAAGUUUGAGAAGGAAGCUCAGGAGAUGGGUAAAGGAUCCUUUAAAUAUGCCUGGGUAUUGGAUAAACUAAAAGCAGAGCGUGAGCGUGGUAUCACCAUUGAUAUCGCGUUAUGGAAGUUUGAAACGUCGAAAUAUUACGUUACCAUCAUUGACGCCCCUGGACACAGAGAUUUCAUCAAAAACAUGAUUACGGGUACGUCGCAGGCCGAUUGCGCCGUAUUAAUUGUCGCCGCUGGUACCGGUGAAUUCGAGGCCGGUAUUUCAAAGAACGGUCAAACUCGUGAGCACGCUUUGCUCGCCUUCACUCUUGGUGUAAAACAAUUGAUUGUUGGUGUUAACAAGAUGGAUUCCACCGAGCCACCAUACUCCGAGACGCGAUUCGAGGAAAUUAAGAAGGAAGUGUCCUCGUACAUUAAAAAGAUUGGAUACAAUCCGGCUGCCGUCGCUUUUGUACCUAUUUCUGGAUGGCAUGGAGAUAAUAUGUUGGAGUCAUCGACUAAAAUGCCGUGGUUCAAAGGAUGGGCUGUUGAACGUAAAGAAGGCAAGGCUGAUGGUAAAUGCCUCAUCGAAGCUCUUGAUGCUAUUUUGCCACCGAGCAGGCCAACUGACAAAGCCCUCCGCCUUCCACUUCAGGAUGUAUACAAGAUUGGUGGUAUUGGAACGGUACCUGUCGGCCGUGUUGAGACUGGUGUGUUAAAACCUGGCAUGGUUGUCACCUUUGCCCCUGCUGGACUUACAACUGAAGUUAAGUCAGUUGAGAUGCAUCACGAAGCUUUACAAGAGGCAGUGCCAGGGGAUAACGUUGGUUUUAACGUUAAAAACGUCUCGGUUAAAGAUUUACGUCGUGGUUAUGUGGCUGGUGAUUCAAAGAAUAAUCCACCUAAGGGUGCUUCCGAUUUUACUGCACAGGUUAUUGUGCUUAAUCAUCCUGGUCAAAUCAGCAAUGGUUACACGCCUGUACUCGAUUGUCAUACGGCUCACAUUGCUUGCAAAUUUGCCGAAAUUAAGGAAAAGUGCGACCGUCGUACUGGCAAGACCACUGAAGAGAACCCUAAGGCUAUUAAGUCUGGUGACGCGGCUAUCGUGAACCUCACCCCUACUAAGCCCCUUUGCGUAGAGGCCUUCCAGGAGUUCCCACCCCUGGGACGUUUCGCCGUGCGUGACAUGCGUCAAACCGUCGCCGUUGGCGUCAUCAAGUCCGUCAACUUCAAGGACGUCGCCGGCAAGGUCACCAAGGCCGCCGAGAAGGCCCAGAAAAAGAAGUAGUCUUAGUUUCCGCGCAAUCGAGUCACCGGAAGACACUCUGUUCUCCCGGAGUCAAGUGGCGGCGGCGGCGUCGCCGCCAGCAGCACCACUACCAUCAUUGCCGCCACCGCUGCGCCGCGCCUUCUCUUCUUUCUCCCGGGGCUGCCGCCACCGCAGGAGGUGCAACGGCAACUCCGUUGCCGCUAAUCGGCUUGUCCAUCUACCGAGGCGGCUCCGACGACACUUCUUUCAUAGGAAGGAGUUUCGCAGGAAAGAAGGACUCGCUCGCCUCGCGUUAUUAUUAUAUUGCUGGAAGGCUGGGAGCGACGGGAGCAUGGACGGAAAAUACACGUGCUGUUGUUAACUGCGCGCCGCCGAUGCUAUAUAUCUAUCAUUUGUGUACACCUGUUUCACAAAAAAACUGGAAGAAUAGAAGGCAUCAACAGACAUAAUAAUUUAGCUCAGCUUAAUUAUAUUUUCUAAUUAUUAUACGGAAAUAAUAAAUCCUAUUAUCAGCGAUAA